AUGACGGACGCUGGUUUCUUCAAGGGUCAGGGCACAAGCGCUGAACAAGAUGCGAGGUUUGCUGAUAAAAAGAAAAAACUGAUGAAGACAAUGAAAUUCGGCGACAAUUUGUCGCAAAAAGUGGACAUGGCCCGCGUUAAGCUGGAGUGUAUCCGCCCGUGGAUCAUCAAACGUAUUACAGAGCUUCUGAAUUUCGAAGAUGAGGUCGUUUGUGAUUACGUUUUCAACCAGCUGGAAGAGAGGCAUCCUGAUCCGAAGGAAAUUCAAAUCAACAUCACUGGCUUUCUGAACAGUAAGAACGCCAGAGUCUUCCUCACCGAACUGUGGGAUCUUCUUCUCUCAGCAAUGGAAAACCCUGAGGGAGUGCCUUCUCUUCUGCUGGAUGCUAAGAAGGCUGAAAUCCUUCAACGCCAGGGAGAAGAUAAACGUGUACAACAGGAACUUAGUCGUCAAGAAAACGUACGUGCGAAGAAUGCCGCGGCUAACAAUAAAGCUUCCAACAUUUCCGUGGCCUGCAACCAACUCGUACCUGAUACACAGCUAAAUGGUUCGUCACAGCGGAUUUCCUCGACUACGCCCAUGGAAAUCGAGGAAAGCACUGCAAUGGGGUCUGGUAUAGUCGGUAGCUCUUCACUGAAAGCUCCUAGUGAGUUGGGGUUUGGCGUCGCUCGAUAUGCCAGCAGGAACCUUUACAAAAUCUCUUCCGUUGGUCCCUCCCCCUGGACUUCUGAAGUGCCCGCUUGA